CUUAAGUAUUACAUGGGAUGUAAAGCUCCUUAUUUAAACCUGAAUAAUAAAUCUAACACGUAGGUUGUCUCUUAACCCUACUUAUGCUAAAAUCAAGAUGUAACACAAUCUUCAAACGUCUUAUAUUCAGGAAAUAUUAAAUAUAGAUUUCCUGUCCACUCCAGCAGGAAGGUUUCUUCAACACAUUUAAUUUAAUUCCAUGGAAAAGUGAUAUAUCAGAAUCAGAGAUUAGUGAAUCUUGAAACAUAAAUUAUCAUGGGAAAUAAAAGUGGAAAACUUAAGAAGAAGGAUGGAACCGAGGAGGGGGAUUCUACUAAAGUAAAUGGAGAGGCUGGACAGGCUGAAAAUAAAACAGAGGAAGGAGGGGAGACAAAAACUGAGGGAAAAGUAGCAGAAGGCAAUGAAAAUAAAGAGGAAACUAGUGAUCAAAAGGAUAAACAAAAUGAAGAAAAAAGUGACACUAAGCAAAGUGAAACAAAAACUGAGGUAAAAUCUGAUUCAAAACCAGAAACUGAGGAUUCUAAACCAGAAUCACCAAAGGAGAUUGUGCAAGCAGCAGAAUCACCUGUUAAACCAGAAGAAAAAUCAGAAUCAUCCAAAACAGAAGAAAAAUCAGAAACGCCCAAAGCAGAGGAAAAAUCAGAAACACCCAAAGUAGAGGAAAAAACAGAAACACCUAAAGUAGAGGAAAAAUCUGCAGAAACACCUAAAGCAGAGGAAAAACAACCAGAACCAGAAAAAACUGAAGAAACACCGCAGUCAGAGUCCACAAAAACUGAAGAAACACAACAGCCACAGGAAACAAAACAAGAGGAAGUGGCACCACAAGAAGAAACAAAACAGGAAGCACCUGUGGAAGAAGUACAACAGGCAGCAGAAACAACACCUGUAGAAAGUGCACCAGAAGAACCAAAACAGGCUGAGGAAUCUACACAAGAAGAAACAAAACCAGAGGAACCACAGAAAACAGAAGAAGUAACACCAGUUGUACAAGCAGAAGAAAAGACAGAGGAAACUGAAACAAAAGAGCCAGAAAAAGAAGAAACACAGCAGGAAACUAAAAUAUCAACAGAAUUUAAAUGGGAGGAUGCUGGAGAGACUGUUAAAGUAGCAGGAACAUUUAAUGAAUGGAAAGAACAAAUAUCAUUAGAGAAAGAGAAUGAUGUCUUUACUGUUUCAAUUGAUUUACCAAAAGGAGAAUAUUUAUUUAAGUAUAUUGUGGAUGAUGACUGGGUCAUCAAUAAAAAUCAGCCAACCAAAAAUGAUGCAGAAGGUAUCGAGAACAAUGUUGUUGUUGUCAGCUAGACAUCCCUAAAUACAUCCAGUUUAUGUUGUUAUGAUAUCUUUAUUGUAAUGAACAAGGAACCAGAAACUAUCAGUUUAUUGCUUGUAAUUAAAGGUGAUGAUGGAUCAACUAGUACGCUCAGGACAUCAGUUCAUUCAACAAUCUGUGGACAGUUAUUGAUACUUUUUUAUCCAAUGUCCUUAGUGUUGUAUAGGAAAGGAUUUCUCUAAAGACAAAGAGAAAUUAAUAAAACAUGUGCUAGUGCAUUCUGGGUAAACAGAUUUUAUAAAAAGCUGAAGAACAAGGAUAAACUGUGCCUUCUGUUAUGUGACCUUUAUUUUUAGUUUUAUAUUAUUUCAUAGUCAAACUUUGAAUUCUUUGCAAUCAUUUACUGUAGUGAAAUUCAGAUGACCUCAUCAUCAUGGAUUAAAAGCCAAGUUAAUUUUUUUUUAAUUCAAGUUCAUACUGAAUUUUCUUCUUUUUCCAUUUGAAACUAAUGUAACUCAAAUAAUUUCAUUUUUUCAUAAUCCACUUUCAGAUUAUUAAAAAAAAAUUAAAGAACAGAGACUGAAACUCUUUAUCUAAAGUUGAAAUGGGGACCACAACUACAAAUGUUCCUUGUAUAAAAGUCAGGACAAAAUGUGGCGUUGCUUUUCUAAUUGAGAGCAUGCAUCUGCAAAAAAAUAUUUUGCACAAUAUUUUGUGGUUACCUGGUAGUUGUAUUAAAGGCAUCAACAGAAAAUGUAGUUUUGUAAUGAAAUUAGAUUAAGCUAAACAUGAAAUUUGUAAAAAUGUAAACUUUUGUCUUAUCUUUGUAAAUAAACUAUGCAGCUGAGAAAAUAUGCAGGCCUGUUGUACAUAUGCAAUUACUGCAAAAACAGUUUAUCUAUGUGCAAUACUUAAAAUUCUGGGUAAACAAAUUAUAUUAAAAAAAAAAGAAAUCAGUAACAAGUCUCUCCUUGCUCAAAGUUUUAUGUUGGGGAGAAAUUUCAUGAAUUAACCAACAAAGAACCAAAUUCAUUUUUUUGUCAUAUUUUCCAUCUGCUCUGAAAUUUGAAUGCAUUGUCAUAAAGAUUUUCCAUGUUAAUCAGACUUUUUACACUGAAUUUAAAAAUACCAUUGAAAAUUUAUAACUUGCUUUAGAUCAAUAUAUCACUAAUUCCAAUAUUCAGAUCCCACAUGUUUCAAGUGUAGGUAAUUAAUGGUGUCAAUCUUGAUUGAUUUCUUAUCAAUGCAAUUACCUUUAAAACAAUAAAAUAAAUGAAAACAUGCACCAUGAUUUGUUAUAAUGAAGGAACUAUUUAUAAUUCGGAUGUCAUUGAAAAAUGUUUUUUUCACUCUGUCAAUGUUCUUUCAUGACACAAUCUCAAUGUUCAUUUCACCUGUACAUUACUAUCUUAUUGGACAAUCAAGUCUGUACAAAUAUAAGCUCAAUGUAGACUGAUCUUAGUUCUACUGGGACCAGAUGUUUUGGACUACCAAGUCCAUAAGCUCAAUGUAGACAGACCAAAAAUCUACUGGGACCAGGUUUAUUUUAUUUAUUAGUAUAUAUAGAUGAAUUUAGAAUUUUUGCUUUGUAAUGAUUGUGCAAUAGUCGUACUUUUGUUUUCUGUUUUCAAUCAUAAGUAUUUACUUGCAAGAUUAUUUCGAAUUUAGCAGCUUUUUUAAACCAGAAAAGAUAAAGAAGAAAAAAAAGAAAGAAAGCAAUGUCAAUUUGAUUGAAUAAAAUAUCUUUUUAUGCAUCUAUUUUGAAAAAAAAAAUGUUCCAGUGUUACUUGAUGUACCAGAACAACUCCAACAAAAUAAUUAGCUACUUCGAUCAAGUUUUCAAAAUGUUCAUUUUGCCAUGUAAAUGUUUGUCUUAUUUUUGUAUGAAAGAUUCAGUAUAAAAGAAAUUAUGAUGCUAGAUUGUGGAGGCCAUAUACAAUUUAAAUUUGGAUUUCUCAUCAUCUUUAGACAUUUCUUUCCCCAGUCGUUAUCACAUAUGAACACAUGUGUAGUGUAUAUACAUGUGUAUGUACAUGUGUAUAUAUGUCUCUAUGAAAAUUUACAUUAGUAUAAUUUAAUGAGGGACAGAGAAAUUUCUUAAAAUGAAUUUGAAGAAAAUCUUUAUGUUGGGGAAGAUGUUGAGAAUCUUAAAUAAUUAUGUGGUCUUCAGGCGUUAGACCUUGGCUUGCAAACUCUAAAACAGUUGCCUUGCUGCUACACUAAACUUAAAUAUUUGCUAGUGUGCAGACCUAAUUACUGUUUUGGAGUUUGCAGGGUAUUUGAGAGCACACUGUAAAAUCAGUAGUGCGUUUGUAACAGCCAUUAUCCUUAUGUGUUUCAGGCAUUCAUGUGAAAUAGAAUUAUAAUAAUCUAUAUUAGAUAAAAGCUUAAAAUAUAUUGAUGAACAUGUCUAGUACAAACGCACUGGUGAUUUUAAGAGUUUAUAUGUCCCCUACCCAAGGCCAACUUCCUUAUGAUAUGCAUUAUCAAUGUAUAUUAUAUUUUAUGCAUUGUACAAGCUCUUUACAAUGUUAUUAUAUUGUAAUGUUUUAAUUAUAUAAACUAAAAACCAAUGUUGUACAUCUAAAAAUUAACUAUACCAAAACUCAUGUUGUACAUCUAAAAAUUAACUAUACCAAAACUCAUGUUGUACAUCUAAAAAGUUAACUGUAAAUGUUCAAAUAAAGUUCUUUCCGAUUCA